GCGGCCGGUGGUCCCACCAGCUGCACGGGCUGCUGCUGCGCGACCGCGGCCUGGCGGCCAAGCGCGACUUCAUGUCUGGCUUCACGGCCCUGCACUGGGCCGCCAAGAGCGGCGACCGCGAGAUGGCCCUGCAGCUGGUGGAGGUGGCGCGGCGCGGGGGCGCGCCAGUGGACGUGAACGCGCGCUCGCACGGUGGCUACACGCCGCUGCACCUGGCUGCGCUGCACGGCCACGAGGACGCCGCGGUGCUGCUGGUGGUGCGCCUGGGCGCCCAGGUGCACGUCCGCGACCACAGCGGGCGGCGCGCCUACCAGUACCUGCGGCCGGGUUCCUCUUACGCGCUGCGCCGCCUGCUUGGCGACCCAGGCCUGCGAGGUGUCUCUGAGCCAGAUGCGACCGGCGAUGGGCCCGGUAGCCUUGCGGCCCGCCACCCGGUCCAGGUGGCCGCCACCAUCCUCAGCUCCACCACCAGCGCGUUCCUGGGAGUCCUGGCUGACGACCUGCUGCUCCAGGACCUGGCCCGCGGCUUGAAGAAGUCCAGCUCCUUCAGCAAGCUCUUGGGGGCCUCACCCAUGGCCCCGCGGAAAAAGGCGAAGAUCCGAGGUGGCCUGCCAGCCUUCGCGGAGAGCGCUCGUCGACCUCCUCCUGGGCCCUUGGCUGGCCUAAUGCCCAGUGUGCCGCCUGCAACCUGAAGGGCCUUGGGGUCAUGGCCUCUGUGACCCAACAGGCCUGCCUUAGGUGGGCUCAGCCAGCGCUGCGCCCCCGUCCCAGCACCUGCCACUCUGGUGUCCUCCUUUCUCCCCCGCAGUCUGUUUGACCUCC